GCCAAAAUCAAGGGCUUCUACAUUAUCAACAAAAAAAAAUCUGCAGACUGAAAGGAGGAGGCAUCAGAGACUGAGGAGACAGGCAGAAAUCAAAAAUCAACAGAGAGCACUGUUCUGUUAUUCAUUUCUAUGGUUUAUUAUUUGGAAAUACUAUUUUUUAACUCAGUUCAGUAUGCCCCAGAGCACAUACAUAACCAAGCAAAACCGGCCCCACUUCCACAGCAAAUUAAGAAACGUCCAUCCCUUUCCCUUUUUACCAAUGCUCUGUUUCAAAAUGUUUCAGUGCAAUCUUCAAGUGGUGUCAUCCUUCAGAGACUUCUUACCCCUCAGGUGAAAUUCAGAGAUUAAAUUCAGGUGUAAACCGGUUUAUUCUUCCAUGCUGGUAGCAUAGCUGGUAAAGAGCAUGAGAUUCAUGUCCUGUUCCCAGGUCUGACUUGUUAAGUGACUUUCAGAACCAAACUUCACCUGCCUCUGCCUUCAUUUCCCCUUCUGUAAAAUGGAAAUAACAAUACCUAAUGGUUGAAAAAGUCCCUUAUAAGAUCUCCGGGUUACUAUAACAGCAAACUGUUGUAUAAACUAAUAAUAUCAUACAGUGGAUUUCUUUAAAAGCUGAUAUUCCUUUUGCAGCCUUAUUGCACAAACCAAAAAGUACAAAUAACAUGUCCUAAUUAAGAAACUGGGUUACUUAAUAAUUUACAGGAAGACACAUUUUGGACAUAUAAAAUUAACUAAAAAAAAAAUCAUUGUCUUGACAUCAGAUUACUGCAUCUUAAGAUGCCACCCCGAGCAUCUGUCAUGAGAUGGUAUCAGCUAUCCUAAGUAUGUCAGGACAUGCCACAGAAGGUAAAGGCAAUUUUAAAAUAGCUACCAUUAAUUUCGCUGCUGAAUGAGUUUCCCAAAUUGAAUAUUGGGGACAUCCAGCACAUAAAUCAGUGCACAUUUCCAGCACACGAUUCACCUUUACAUCAGCUGGUGGCAUCUGUUUUAAGGAGAAUUGCUCUUCCCAUUAAACGGCAGCCAUUGGAACAGAGUAGCAAUGAGUCUAAUUCAGGGAAAGUGAGAACAGCAUUCCCUGACACAAAGAGGGAAGUAUGCUUAAAACAAAUCCAUUUUGAAAAAGGUAUCAGGAAGUUUACGGCCAAUGAAUUAUUUCAAAUGUAAUCAUGUCACAGAUGAACAUUUCUUUCUUCUCCAACUGUAAACCCAAUAAAUGCCAUCUGCAAUUAAAACUCAAUCAAGAGAAUCAACUUGGAUUCCUUUCUCCCAGGUUCCUCACUGCCGGCACUAACAGAAAAGCUGUGCGAGACCAAGCGAUGCCAGUGCAGCUCUACUGCUGGCUCUGAUUUAUAGUAAUUAGUCCUACAAGGAGGCGCAGGAUCCAGCUUCUCCUUCCCCGGGUCUUGUGAUUCUGCAGUGCUCACAAAGCAGGAAAGCUAUAACAACUUCUUUUUGCCGCUCAAGUCAGCAGACGUGACUUGGAGAGCACACAGUGGCCAGAUCUGCUGAGUAGGAAAGCGCCAUUUUUACACAGUCACUUCUCAGAGUAGAACCAGGCUUUCGCUGACUGGUCCAAGGUCACAGGAAUCAGUUGCAGUUGCUCCGGGAAUACAGCCCAGAAGGACCAGUGCUCCAGAACUGAAUCACAUUACAGCCCUCGCUUUUCUUCAUAUUCUUUAACAAAAUCUAUGAAGUUAAUAUCGAAGUACACCACAUAUUACAAUUUGCCCAGAAAUAAAGUGCUGAGGAAGCCAUCCCCAUACAUAUUGGAGUCUCAGCUAAAACGUGAACCAUCUGUCAGUGCCCUGUAGCUCUUGGAUAUAUUUUCCCCUGUCCUACAUACUCCACUACAAAAUCAGGCUGACAAUAAAAAAAAGCACUUGACACACCACCCCAAAGCAAGCUUACUGUUACCAAGCACUGUUCUGACAUUAAACCCUCAGCUUCUUCAUCAUCUUAAAUACAGUUUAAUAAUAAUACCCAGAUAAUACCCAGAGGGACUUUGCAAACUUCAGCUUUCUUUUGCUUCUCAAAACAUGAGAUUAAAACAAACGCUGAAUCCCUCCACCACAGGGAAGAGGGCGGUCUUUGCCAUGGGUAACGUGCAGGAUCAGGACACUUGCGUGGGACUCAGACUGUGUGUCGGAGUGAGACAGCAAUGCUCUCCAUCCAGAUGCCACCAGUGUUUUCACUGUUCCCCAUUGGGGAGAUUUUUAGGGCAGUAAAGACCACUUUCUGGAUGGUUAUGAGCAGAGAAAUAUAUAUUUUUGUGUUGGAAAUAUUCAAAUCAAUUAAGCUGAAAUCCUACAGCAGGAACCAAGUCCAGCUGUUAACAGAACCCCAAGCAGCAGGAAAACUGUGGGCUUUCCUCCUCUUCCUCCUUUUCUAGAGCAGAUAAGUGGAUCCCCUUGAAUCUGUGUGCUGGAAAAAUGUAAGGAGACACUCUGUGACCUGCAGAAGCUUCAGGGAGGCACUGAUCUCUUUGCUCUGGGGUCUGCUGAUAGGUCACAAAGGAAUGGCUUUAAGGUGUGUCAAGGGACGUUCAGAUUGGGUAGCAGGAAAAUGUUCUUCACUGAAAGGUUGGUCAAGCAGUGGAACAAGCUCCCCCCAGGAAACGGCGACGUCCCCAGGCGUGUUGGUAUUCCAGAAGCAACUGGACAAUGCUCUUGGAUGUAUAAUUUAACUUCAAGGUGUCCUGGGGUGCAGUCAGGCCUUGGACUUGACGGUCCUUGUGGGUAACUUUCAAUUCGGGAUUUUCUAUGAUUAGGAGAUAUCCAUUGGCAGGCAGAACACACUUAUUCCAAAAUACAGCACCAUGCACGCUUCUCUGAACAAAGUUGGCUGGAGCCAAGCUGUAACCAGGGCACCAGGGCAGCUGUGAGUCGCUGAACUGGGCUGGGGGCGAAGGCUGGGGCUGGGUGGCGGGCAGGCCUGUGAUGCGUCUCGGCGCCUGUGACAGCACAGGGGACGAGUCACAAUGGGGGAUGGUUAUGAGGGUGCCAGCAGGCAGCACUGCCCCAGGACGGCCUGGGCCAGCAGCGAGUGCACACACAGGGGGGAGGCUGGGCUGGACAAGGGCCGGGGCAGAAACGCGGGCCCCUGGGCGUGGGUGCUCACCCUGCAUCGAGGCCCUGGCUGCGAGCGCCUUGGGCAGGGCACGCUGCUGCUGCCACCGGGCCUGGGCGCAGGCCUUUCUCCCUCCCAGCUGCCUCGUCCCCUCUCCUGCCUGUCCCCAGCUCCCUGCGGCUCCCGUCCCCGCUCCCCCCACCACCAUCUCCCUCCCUCCCAAGCCCCACUGAAUUCCUUCUCUCUCCUGCAGGCCAUGGCUAUCACAAACCUCUUUGUCUGGGUUCUGCGAAGCGUAUUCGCAAACGUGCUCAUUGUCAGUGAUGAGCUGGAUGAACCCACACGUGAGUGCAUGCACCAGCGUUUGGAGAUGCUUAUUGAGGACACAGAUCGGCUGCUGCAGAAGCUGGACCAGAUGAUCCACAAGCAGAAACGUGCGACCUGGAGAGCCCUGCUCUUUGCUGCCUUGCGGCACUGGCAAUUCUGGGCGAUUGCUGGCAUCCUGAUCCUCCUGAUUGUUGGGCUCUGCUGGUGCUUCAGGAAAAGGAGCCAUGAGGCGGGCAGCAGCAGGGAAGAGGAGGAAGACAGUGAAGGAGAAGAUGCUGCUGAGGCGACAGAUUUGGGCACAUACAUUGCAAUGCGCAACAAGUGGUCAGCUGAUGAACUGUGGAACCGGAGUGAGUUGGUGCACGCACUGGUGGAAAGCCUCCUCAUUGCUUGCCAAUGGUCCAAUUCCGUAUCAAACGGUUUCUUCCCGGAGCUGGGACCAGCCAUCGGGGUGGGCAGCGCCUUUGAUUACUGGAGUUCCCGGGAAGAUGAGCCUGUCUACUGCCAGCUCGUGCGCCUGAAGCCCCCCCGUGGGCACGCCUUCUGCCUGGAGCCGCACAUCGUGGCAAAGGAGUCCCGCAUCCGUGUCGAGCUGCAGUGCACAUGCACUACUCAGGAGACGGUGGGGCCCAUGCUGUGCUUCCUCCACGACCCCGAGGAGGAGCUCAGGAAGAAGCAGAAGCCCAGCCUCCUACACACCCUCUGCACCGGCUCCUAUCUAGAUGUGCAGAAAACUGCUUGCUGGUUGCAGGAUUUGGUGAGCGAAAGCACGGCAAGCAUGCGCCUCCUACGUUUACGGUACUACGUUCUGACCGUGCUGCCCUCCAGCCGCUCUUGCAAAGUGCAGAUUAGAGAUGUCUUUGGGAGAACCAUGCUUGUUGAGAUGAUGUUUGGCAUGCAGCUAGGCGACUCAGACAUCUUCAUGAGCAGCCAGCCUACAGAGGACAUCUUCACCCCAAGCACAAUGUGGACACUGAGCUGCACCUGGGCAGAGGCGAAGUUCUUGUGGCUGAUGUUCGAUCAGACCCCAGAUGACAGCUUGCUCAGCUGCCUGCAACUCUGCACCCGCAUGGUGGCAGGCACAGGCUUUUCCAGCUACACCUUGAAGACGGUGGUGAUGCACCUCCUGACCACCACACCCCUGUCAGGCUGGCGCAGGAGGCAUUUCCUACUGCGGCUGGAUGACAUCAUGCGGUACCUGCGCUGCUGCUUGGAGGAGAAACGCCUCAACCACUUCUUCUUCGGUAAUGAGAAGAUUCCUGAGGAGAUUGUCGUGCCCCCAGCCUUGCAAAGAGCGGAGCCACUCAACCUCUUCCAGCAUCUGGUGCAGGAUCCGGCUGCCCACGAGCAGGCAAUGCGGGACUUCGAGGAGCUGCAACAUCGGCUUACAACACAGCUCUUCUUCUCGGGGCACUGAAAGUGGUCUUCACGCACAGAGCCGUGUUUGCAGAGUUCACAGCUAAGGACAUCGGAAAGGAACCUGGCAACAGAGAUUCCUGUUACUACCUGGACAGUGAGCUCCCUUCCUCUUCGAGAGAGUCCAUUCCCUCUGGGGGCUUUCCCCUGUGCAAAGAUGCCAAUAAAUCUCUUGUGUCACAUCGAAACAAACACUGCGUCUGUGAGGGUGUAGCCUAUGGAAAGGGCUCUGGGGGCUGUGCUUGAUGGUCAGCUCCACAGAAUCGCAGAUUCGUAGAAGAGUUACUCUUGGAAAGGACCUUAAGAUAAGCUAGUUCCAACCCCUCUGCCACGGGCAGGAACGCCUCACCCUAGACCAUGUCACCCAAGGCUCUGUCCAACCCGGCCUUGAACACUGCCAUGGAUGGAGCAUUUACCACUACUUUGGGCAACCUGUUCCAGUGCCUCACCACCCCCAGAGGAAAGAGCUUCUUCCUUAUAUGUAACCUGAACUUCCCCUGUUUUAGUCUGAAUGCAUUACCCCUUGACCUAUCGCUACAGUCCUUGAUGAGGAGUCCCUCUCCAGCAUCCCUGCGUGCCCCCCUCAGAUAUUGGAAGAGUGCUAUGAGGGCACCAUGCAGCCUUCUCUUCUCCAGGCUGAACAGCCUCAACUUCCUCAGCCUGUCUUCACGCGGGAGGUGUUCCGGCCCCCUUAUCAUCCUUGCGGUCUGAAGCACAAAACCAAAAACAUCAACAUACCAGUUACUUCAGUAAUAAUGAAUCUUGGAAUGGACUUCUAAGAAAAGCGGGUGUCAACUACAGAACUUAUCUGAAGUCAUAGGUCAGGUUUCCUAUUCUCACUGAAAAUAAAUUUCAGGAACGAAUACACAGCUACUUGAAAUGUUGCAUAAUGACGUGAAAAUGUGAACAAAGGUGCCAUAAAACCUAAUAAUGUGUGCCUUAUGACAACGUACUGUUGCACGCAAACUCACAGAAGAGGCUAUUUCCAACACUCUCGCAACAGCAAUGCGGAAACUCAAGUCAAAAUUACACAAGAAUUACUUCCUCCUCCCACAAUUCCAUAAAUCGCAUUCCCUAGAUAGCGACGGUUCCUGUAAGGGAACACCUUGAAGUGUGAAUUGUAGGAGCAAUUUCAAUAAAUCCUGCAUUUAAGGGCAACAUUACUGACACUUGGCCCAGAGACACAAGUUAUAAUAUUGACCCUGUAUUCAUAUGCCGCUCUUAUUCUUUGCACCAAAUGGAAAUACUAGCCAGAGAGAAUUAACUUCACAUCAGUAUUAGCUGGCUUCUUAGCAAGUUACAAAGUCUCUCCAUCAAAAUGUGACUUUGCAAGUAGAAUCAUAGAAUAGUUUGGGUUGGAAGGGACCUCCAAAGGUCAUCUAGUCCAACCCCCCUGCAGUGAGCAGGGACAUCUGCAACUAGAUCAGGUCGCUCAGAACCACCUCCAGCCUGGCCAUGAACGUCUCCAGGUAUGGCACAUCUACCACCCCUUUGGGCAACCUGCUCCAGUAUUUUACCACUCUCACUCUAAUUUCUGACAACCAGUUUUGCAUGGGAGUGCUUUAUCUGAGACAUGUUUUUUUUCCUGUAAGGGAAUUAGAUUAAAAAAAACAAAACAACCAACAAACAAAACCAAAACCAAAUCACUCAAUCUUCCGGCAAUUUCAUCAGACAAUUUUAUCGAUAGUAGAAAAGGAUUAUGCAGAAGUUCAAGAUUAGUUAGUAAACUGUGUUAUGGAAGCACAGUGAAGAAGUACUCCAGACAAACCAGGUUCAUCACGUUUUAUAGCAGAACCUUAACCUUUAUUCUAUCUGAAUUGAAGCAGUAUAGAAUCACCUUCCCAAACAUUUCCCAUUAGAACUAAGCAAGAAGUAGGUUCAUAUUUUUUUCCAAAAAGACCGAUUAAGCAGAGCAGAUAAUAAAUUUCUUCUGAGUGUAGAGAAAACAAGUUACAGAGUUAUCUGCCAGCAGGCUGUAGUUCUGAAUAUCCAUUAUACAUUCCUAAAUCAAAGUAACGAAACGCAAACAUAGGCGUGCAUAAUAGCCAUUAAUGGCUUGUCCACGGUCAUAUGGUGUGUCCAAAAGAGAGGAAGAAUGAUGAUAUAGAUGUCCUGAUUUCACUUACAAACUGAAGAUCAAAGACAGUGGGAAAAAUAACCCUGCUGUAGGACCUGAACCUCAGCACCACUGAAUUUCUCCUGCAAGAACACAGCCAGGCAGCCACCUGCAAAAUCCUUUUGUGUUUUAGAAUCAUAGAAUAGUUAGGGUUGGACAGGACCUUAAGAUACCUAGUUCCAACCCUCCAGCCACGGCACGGAUGCCUCACCCUUGACCAUGUGGCCCACGGCUCUGUCCAUCCUGGCCUCGAACACUGCCAGCGAUGGAGCAUUUACCACUUCUUUGGGCAACCUGUUCCAGUGCCUCACCGCCCCCGCAGUAAAGAACUUCUUCCUUAUAUCUAACCUGAUAUCUUAGUCAACGAGACAGCAGCCUUUGUUGAAUAUCGCACCUCUGACACCUCUCAAUGUACUCAGAAAAGAGCCGCAGAAGGCUUGAGUAACUAACAUCCAAGCAUCACUUACCUGAAA